UGUAAGGGGACGUCACUCCCGUUUCUUUUUUUUUUCUUCGCUAGAUAUGUGAGUACACGGCCCCCUCCGAUUGCACAACUGACUCACAGCGUCAAUCCGGUCAUAACGCACCCGGAGACACGGAUUCGCUGUGGUGGUGUUUUCAUCAAAUGUAAACAAUCGUCGUCGGCGCAUUCUCGACUCGCUUACCUCCAGCCAUCGGCAUCCGUCUCGUGAACUGAUUCACAACACGAGUCAUCUCUGUGUUGACGCGCUUGUGUUUAUGAACCCAGUGUCAUAAACAACACAGGGACUGUAUUCAAGGACUAGCAGUCUCGUGAUCCAUUCGCAGACGACAUUGGAAGGCGGGUGGGGACACUUGUGAUUUCGGGAAACGGAAGUGAUUUUCACGGGAAACAAACAAAAUCUCUAAUGGACUGAACUGAAAAGAUACAAUGUCUGAUUGGAGCAAGCUCGUGUAGUCUAGGUUACAUAAACAAACGGCCACAUUUACGUCAUGAGAACAUGUGUUCUACGUCACUAUCUCUUUUUGAACUAGCUAGCGGAGGGUUUAACGCCAGCCAGAGGGGAUACAACUCUUCUGCUGAUAUUCAUGUGAUUGAUAUCAGAGUACACCUCAACUCUAACGCAGAAGAAUGACCACAUGACAUGACCUUACAAUGACCAUAUAAUGACCACACAAUGACCGUAUAAUGACCAUACCACAGGCGGACAACAGAGGGCCCCAGAGCGUCACUGAGCGCAGGAAGGUCACGUUUGCCACAGAGACCCCCGGCGCAGGAACGAAUCCACCCGUAGCCGCGACCCCGCCCACCUCGAUCGACGACAGCGAGAGCACAGCCUGCGGCGACGCGGAGAAACACAUCAAAGAGGUCCUUGACCUUCCGCCGUACGAAUUUCAAGGCCACCAGUCGUCCUUCGCGACCCGCAAACUUUCGGACCUCGAAGGUGAGGGUCAUCUGACGUCGUCGAGAAAGCCGGAAAAGCAUUUUAAAGACAGCGCGAACAAGAGCCUGUACGCCGGCGAGCACCUAGAGGUCAACGUCAAGGUCGUCAGUAACAGAGACACUAAAAAAUCGUCGCUUCCGAUUUUAAACUUCCCCCGCACGACCGAAGCCUCGGAAAGAUCUCGAAAACUCUCCCUGUCGUUGCCGACGUCGUCGUCGUCCCCGAGGCAGAUCCCGAAAUUCGAAACAACGGAAAAACUACGGCUCCACUCCCAGCUGCAGAAAGCGAGCUACCAACGAGUUCCUCAAGAAGACCCCUCACCGUCUCCCGACAACCAAAAGAUAUUCACCCUCCAGCCGAGUGAGCAUUCAAACACGGAGCCGAAGUACAAGCAGCAUUUGUCUAUCCACAGCGCGGAAGUCCACGCGGCGUUUCAGGAAACGGAGAAGGCGUCAAAACGAGCUCUCGCGGCCGCUUCUAGUAGCUCGUCAUCGGAGAAGAAAGUUUUCUUCGGGAAAACCCGCUCAUUGACUCGUUCCCAUUCCUCGUCUUGUAAAUCUUUGGACGAGCUGAACCGGGUUCACCACGGGGGAGUUCCCGGAAAAUCCCGACCGGUUUGUCUCAGCCGCAGCGCGUCGUCCGAGGACCUCGCCGGGAACCGCAGGCGCCGGACGCAGACGGCGGGGAGCGGGGGCAACCACCCCCACCGCCAGCCCGGCGACUCGUGCCAUUCCCCGGGCUCGCCCUCGCGCUGCUGCCUGGUGUCGGUGUCGCGUGUCCCCAUGGCCGCAGCCACCAGUCACUUGACCUUGGACUCCGACUACCAGACAGUUCGUCUCGCCAUACUUGGAGCGCCGGGCGUGGGCAAGUCCUCCAUAGUUCGGCAGUUCGUCCUGCAGCAGUUCAUGGAGGAAUACGUUCCAACAGAGCAGCGGCAGGUGUUCUGUCCUGCUGUCAUCAUCAACGAACACCUGUACGAGGUUCGAAUCAUCGACUGCCCGUACAUCCCCUACUUCCCCGUCAACUCGCUCUACGAAUGGACGGACUUCCGGGGCUACGGACUGAGGAACGCCACGGCCUACGUGCUGGUCUAUGACAUCACUUCCGAGGAGAGCUUCGAGUACAUCAAAAGCCUGAGACUACAGAUCCUGGAGUCUAGAAACUGCCAUGACGUGCCCAUCUUUGUGGUGGGGAACAAGCACGACCUGGCGGAGGAGAAAGGCGUUCCCCGUAGGGAGGUCCGCGAGGUAGCCAACAUGGUGAAGAAGCAGUGGAAGUGUGGCUACAUCGAGUGCUCGGCCAAGUACAACUGGCACAUCAUGCUGCUCUUCAAAGAGCUCAUGAAAACUGUGGACUAUAUCGAUUACGGACAUAAGCCGACGUCAAUGCGUGUGCAGGACGCCUUACGGAGGAACCGAUGUCUCAUUCUGUGAUACAAAGAUGACGACUACUAUGCAAAUUAGCCAGUAUCGAAUCCCUGGUAUCGGAAUCACCCGAAUCGUAUAUGCUGACAGUUGAGUACUUACAAUUGAUGAAUAUAUGUAUCGAUUCGUAUCGAAAU